AUGGCUGGCGCGCGUCGAGUUCAGGGGCGCCGUCUGUUUGCACAUCAAGGAAUAUGUGCUCUCAAUGUGAAAGACCUGAUGGAGAAGUCACAACGAGCUUAUUUCUUGUUCGAGGGCGAUCAUGAUCAUGAGGAGGCCCCUCUUUCUGGCCGCCACGCCGAGGAAGCCAACAAGGCCACCUGCUGCGCCAACUGCGGACUUGCACCGCCACCUAGGGACAGUAGUCGUCGGUCGCCGACACAAGAGGCAAAGCCGCGGCGGACAUCAUCUCUGGCCUCUUCAUUCAGCAAGCUAUGUAGCUAA